UGCCAUUUUGAGUGUUUUUUAACUUAAAUAAUGAGUAAGUUACACGUAGAAGUAACAGAAACAUUGGCCUAUUUUCAAAGGAUAUGUGAGAUUUGAACAAAAAGUGCAUAAUAGAGAGUGAAUAAAAUGGUAAUUGACGCACAAGUACAGUCGCCGCCGAACGUGGAUGUGCCUGACGAGAAUGACCGCACAAACAAUACGUGCAACAAAGUUAGGAUUGUUAAGACAUUAGACUUGCAGGGAAUCCUUUGGCAAUGCGGCCUAAGAGAGAUCUGCUUGGCUGCUCUUUGGCUUCCACUUGGUGCUUUAAUAUUUUGUUAUGUGACAGCGUCUAUAUUUCAAGCAGAUGAUAUUCAUGAAACUCACUGUAGGGUUUACAACGUGGUACCCUCAAUAAGUGCGAUCACCGGCAUCAGCCCGCAGCGGUACGUGUGGAGAAUAUGUAUAGCCUUCCACCUCGGGCCGAGAUUGCUCAUCGGCUCCCUGUAUUAUAACUACCAUAAGCAGAGGAACGCGUUUAUUACUGAAGAUAAGGUUAGAUUGCAAGCGACGCAGCUAGGAGAAGCUUGCUAUUGGCUCAACUUGGUAGAGUUGUGCGCUCUCACCGGAGUCACAUAUGUUUCCAAUAGGGAAAAUUACUUUGUACACGAGAAGAUAUUCAUAGUGUUCAUGGUAGCCGCGCUUCUGCACAUGCUGUGUCGCGCGCGCGUCGGCUGCAUAGCCAGCGACUCGGUGGAGACGCUGCGGACCAAUAAGAUGGUCUGGACGCUGUUCUAUGUGGCUAUCGCUGCCACUGUGGGGCUGAUUGUGUUCUUCCUAAGGCACCGACUUUUAUGCAGGCCUUUAGCUUUCACCUAUUUCUCCGUCUGCGAGUAUAUCCUGGCAACCGCCAACAUGGCCUUUCACGCCUUAGUGGUUAGAGAUUUGCCUCUUCACGAGGUUCACGUGGUUUGUCCCACAAACCGGAAAGAAGACUAACAGAACACAACACUGCACCGCAGAUCCACGUUGGGUGCCAAAUACUUAGCACCAGAACUCACCAAGUGUGUUGCUUACUCAUACUCGUAUUAAUAGGUAUGAUAAUUUUGCUCCCACACUGGCUGUUAAUGUUAUACAUAUAACACUGUGACAGGGACAGCGUGAUGGCAUUGACAUUACGUUGUCCCUGUCUCACAGUGUUAUAUAACAUUUAUAACAGCCAGUGUGGGAGCACCAUAACACUGUUGGUUGUAACUCUUGAAAGCUGUCAUAUUUGGCGGGGAAUACAUCGCAAGGGAAAUUUUAGCGUAAGAUUUUUUUUAUGAGAUGCAUUAUGCUUGUAUGCAGUGAUAUUUCUUCCAAUCAAAAUUAUACUUUUUUUACCCACUUGUAUAAUAUUUAUAUAUUAAGCCCCGUGAAUACGUAAGUCUGCAGAAUCUAAACAUUUGUAAACUACAAAAAAAAACUAUAAAACAAAAUUGAAGAUUUGCCGCUAUUUUUUUUUAAUUCAAGUAGUUAAAGCCAAGUUAAGAAAUAUUACCAAUGUCCCUAUUCUGACAACAUAUGUAAUUUUUAUGUACCUACUUAAGAUAGCUCCAAGCUUUGCUAAAAAAUAUUGUUAUUAGAAGUAUGAUAGUUCCGUAUUUAUUUAAUUUUCAGAAUCAACUCACGAAACUUUUGGUUACAACACAAUUUUUUGAGUUAAAAACAUUGAAAGGGUUUGCACACCUUCUUAUAACCUAACCUACAUAAUCCAUUAUGAUUAUAUGCCUUAAAAAAACCGAUGUCUGCUUCUUACUGUACCUACAUACAUGUAUCAUACAAACGUAAGGUACUUACAAUUACUUGGUACGAGCAGUUAUGGAGUAAACGAUAAUAAAAUAUUACUAAUAUAUAACAAUUCUUUACUCAAACAACUAUUAAUUUUAUUUCACUGCUUUUUCAUAUUGGUACAUAGAUACAUCGGAGAUCCAUUACCAUUUACAAGUGGCAGAUGUGAAUAUAUCUAACAUUAUUAUAUUAUCGCCAUAUAAGGUUUGUAAUUGAUUUUUGUAAAUAGGUAAUUAAAUGCACUAAACUGUUGAAUAUUUUUUUAGUUAUACCUAAAAACUAACCGAGCGUAUUAGCAACUUGCCAUGACAAUUACAGUGUAAAAUAAACUUAGUCAUUAAGUCGUUAGAGUAUAGUUAAUUUAUCAUUUAGUAAAUUAUGGUGAGUUAGACACGAAAUAAAUGUAAUUUUAUUUCAUGCUAACACUUUCCUUACUGGAGUUAAGUUGUUAUUUAUUUUGUAAGGAUUAUAUUUUAAAAAAAAUAGCAAAAAAAAUGAACUUGUAGUUUUCCACCACAAAUAUAAGGACACUAGGGUUAAAUAUGCAACUAGGAUGUUUUCAUUUGAAAUAAUAAAAAAAUUGUCCGUAUUUCAGAUGAAACAUAUGGCACAUUUUCUUUACUAGUGAUAUUUUAUAUGGUUCUAUUCCACCUGACCGCCGGCUACUUUCUAUCAAAGUUUAAAUACCUAUAUGUAAAAUAUACUUUGUCCAGAUUCACCAACAGUGGUGAUAAAUAUUUCAUAUACCUAUUUUUGCCCAUGAAUUAUGUUUUAUUCACAAGUUGCAAUUACAAUGUGCUAAUAUUUUGUGCACGACAAGCAAACUUGGCCCUACAUAGUUCAUCGGCCCUUAAAUUAUAAAAUUUAUUUAGUUUAUAGGUACAUUAGGUACAUAACCUGUCUUAACACUUUCAACACAAACAGUUUGAAUACGGUUGUUGAAUGUCGAUUCCAGCUAAGUACCUACUUAUAUUGAAAAACGCAUUUCUUUUGUUUAUGUGUUAUUAAUUCACAUAGGCGUAGACGUGCAACAUUGUAAUUUAUUAAAGGCAGUCGUUUUAUUUCAAGAAUACCUACUGUGCUUGUUCAGCGCGAAAAAGUAUUAAAAGAGAGCAACGAUAUUUUAGUAUAUUAUCAUGUUUAUAGCUAUCUAGUAUAUUUUGUAGACGUUAAAGUAUUUGAAGCGAAACGAUCUACCUUAACUUUCGCAUAAAACUGUCUGAAUUAGCAAUCAUCAACAUAAAC